AUGAUUAGUAGAAUAGCAUUCAGAGCUGCCCGCCCUUCAAUGGGUUUGGCUAUGCGCCAAGCACCGUAUGUGAAAAAUGCCCGUCCGCGUUCACGCUUCAUCCUGUCCUGGCAAUGCAGGAAGCAGAGUGAGAGCUAGAGCAAGAGCUAGAGUGAGAGCUAGAGCAAGAGCUAGAGCAAGAGCUAGAGCAAGAGUUAGAGCAAGAGCUAGAGUGAGAGCUAGAGUGAGAGCUAGAGAUAGCAAGAGCAAGGUUACUAACUGAAUAAUUUUUUCCCCAUCUAGAAUCGGAUUGAGAUACUUGUCCACCCCGGUUGAGCCAAAGAAGAAAGCAGAGUCAAUAGUUGAUGCGUUGCCAGGAAACAACUUUGUCACCAAGACCGGCGUCUUGGCCACAAGCGCAGCAGCAGCCAUCUACGGCUUGUCCAACGGAUUGAUCAUUAUACACGAUGAAACCAUCUUGGUUGUGACAUUCUCCAUCUUCACUGCCUUGUGCGUUAAAUUCAUCGCGCCCUUGUACACGGAAUGGGCCGAUGGUGAGGUCAAGAAGAUCAACGACAUACUCAAUGGCGCAAGAAGCAAGCACAUUGAAGCCGUCGAAGGUAGAAUCAACGCCGUUGGAGAAUUGAAAGACGUCGUUGCUCAAACCAAGGACUUGUUUGCCGUUUCCAAGGAAACCGCUAAGCUUGAAGCCGAGGCAUUUGAAUUGAAACAGAAAUUGGAAGUUGUCUCUGAAGCCAAGAAUGUCUUGGACUCCUGGGUCAGAUUCGAAAGUCAACAGAGACAAUUGGAGCAAGAGCAGUUGGCCACUUCCGUCAUUGACAAGGUCAACAAGGAAAUUGAAGAUCCUAAAUUCCAAGAAAAGUACUUGCAAGAGGCUUUGAAAGAGAUUGAGAAGGUUUUCUCCAAGGCUAAGUAA